AUGUCCUCAAUGAGCCCACGCAAAUCGAUCGAUAGCUUGGCUUCUGGUACAUCUACACCCUCGCUGUCUCAAUUCUCGCUCAGCCAGAUCGAGUCUCCGCGCGCACCGCCUCAGAGGUCCCUCUUGCGGAGGGGCUCAACUGCAAGCUCCAUCGUGAGCAUCGGAGGUAUACUCGAUUCUUCGCAACACCAUGGUUCGAUAGCGGAAUCGGGCCAGAAUGCCAUCUCCACACUCCUCCAGCCUCCGAUCGUUCGUACCGGCCUCGUUCCUCAUACAGCUGUUUCAUCUACCGGCUACAAGCCGCCGAGCACACGAGACAUCCCUCCGGUCACCCUGACGAAUAUCCCCCAUGUCGAUUCCAAAGUCUUCCAGCCGUAUCUCUCGCAGGUCGGGUCGCUCUACGAAGUCUUUCAACAGGCGAAAGAGAGUACCAGCAAUCAAGAAUUGCAGCUGGCUCGGAGCGGCAAGACGCAGGCGAAGCCGGACGAAUACGACACCCUUAUGCCCGUUUCUAGAGAAAGGCGAACAUCCAUUGUGUCAACCAGUUCCCGUGCAACAUCGCCAUAUGACCCGCGGGGCCGCAGACGCUCGUCGGGCGCCCGAGGUCGCGGCCAGGGGGUCACUCCACUGUCUAUCAUCCCACCAGUCUAUUUCGAGGACGAUUUCCACCUAGAAAACCCUCGAACGUUCGACGUGGUAUCGGAGAAGUCGGAAGUUGUGAGGCCUCCGAGGUUGCCAGGGAAAGAUGGCCAAGGGACCAGUGACUCCGCUGCGGUAUCGGCUGGUACUGGGAGAAAGGCACUUGCUACCAAUGCGAUUCUGCAGGAGAAGCUCUCAUGGUACAUGGAUACUGUUGAGGUCCACCUGAUCUCCUCAAUCUCGACUGCAUCCAAAUCGUUCUUCACCGCGCUGGGGUCGCUGCGCGAGCUACACUCUGAGGCGGCUGAUUCGGUGAAACGGAUACAAAUCUUGCGGAAGGACCUCCAAAAGAUCGAUAAAGAGAUGGCGCUGGGUGGGUUGAAAAUUGUCAACCUUCGGCGGCGAAGGGAGAAUGUACGGAUGCUCGCCGAUGCCGUCUCUCAACUGCGGGUGGUGGUCCAGUCUGUCGCUCGUUGCGAAGAACUGGUCGAGAACGGAGACAUAGAGGAGGCGGCCGAUAGUCUGGAAGAGGUUGAGCGAUUGAUGGCUGGAGAGGAUGCUCCAAGUUCUCCAAGCAAGGGGAGCGCGAGCCAAGGUCAGCCGAGAAAGUCAAUUGACUUGCGGAGACUGAAGGCUCUUGAGGGAGCUUCUGAAGAUCUUGCACAACUGAGGUAUAGGAUCGGCAUGGGAUACGAAAACCGCUUUUUGAACGAUCUACUUGGAGACUUGGGCAACCACGUCGAGAACGUGCCGUCGGAUGUGACACUCCAGCGCUGGGGCUCCUCUUUCCAACGGCAACGUGGAGCUCAACGCUGUGGUGCCUCGUCUUCCCCGGCGUAUAUGGACUUUGACAACGAUUUGCGAUCACGUCUGCUGACGAAUCUUGUCGGCCUCGCUCGCGCACAGUAUACGACUCCUGCAGCAACUUCAUUCAAGACCGCGGUUCUCCGGGAAAUGAAAGGCCUGAUCCGUAAACAUAUGCCUAGCUCCAGCGAUGAUGACAAUGAAUCGGUGGUUUCGAUGUCCACGCACAGGUCCCAGCAGUUGAGCCAGCAAGAGAAAUCCUCGAUACUUGCGCGGAAUCUGCGCGCUCUGGACUCCGAUGACGCAUAUACUAUGCUCCUCAGGGUAUACACCGGGAUUAGCGAGUCGUUGCGAAGGCUUAGUGUCCAGGUCAAGGUGCUUCUCGACAUUGCUAGUGGACUCGAGAAUCCCGUGACGGCUGGUCUGAGUUCUCCCCCUCGAAGCCCGGACCCGCAGAGUAUGAACGGUCCUCUCGGUUCUGGGAUGGGUUCCCGGACCGUGGCAACCAUCCAAACCCAGGACGAGAUACUACAAGUCUUGGACAUGUCUAGCCUUCUUGGCCAGGCUGUUGACAUUGCGCAGUCACAGAUCACGAAGGUGCUGAAAGUCCGCUCGGAACAGACAUCUCAACUACCCAGAGAGGAAUUUGUCCGAUACUUUACCCUGAAUAAACUCUUUGCCGAUGAGUGUGAGGCGAUCUCCGGCCGGAGCGGCACGGCUCUGAAGACCGUUGUGGGAAAUCAGAUACGCGAUUAUAUCACGCGGUUUGGGGAGAAUCAACGGCACCGGCUUGUCGAGGUCAUGGACUCGGACCGAUGGGAUGCGCGAGACUUUGGGGAGACCGAGAGUAUCAUACUAGCCAAGAUCCUUGAUGCAAGCACCAAGGAUGUCGAGUCGUGGUUGGCGGCGUCCAAGAUCUGGGCCUCACCGGAAAAGGAUGGACUACAGAAGACGGAAGCGGAGACAGCGACUACCAACGGAAACGGCAAGGACAAGGUGCGCAGCGCCGUAAUCGACGAGCAGAAAUACAUUCUCCCCGAAUGCGCGGUGGCCAUGAUGAAGAGCAUUGAGGAGUUCCAAUUCCUCAUGGCGAACAUCCCCAGCACGAUUCAGGAUAUCGCCCCUGGGCUCCUCGAGUCCCUGAAGCUGUUCAACUCCCGGUCGUCGCAGCUCAUCCUGGGCGCCGGGGCCACGAGGAGCGCGGGCCUGAAGAACAUCACGACGAAGCAUCUCGCGCUGUCCUCGCAGGCCCUGAGUUUCAUCAUCGCGCUGGUACCCUACAUUCGGGAGUUUGUGCGGCGGCACGCGCCGUCGAGCUCGCUGAUGGGCGAGUUUGACAAGGUGAAGCGGCUAUACCAGGAACACCAGUCCGGCAUCCACGAGAAACUGGUGGAUAUCAUGGGCGGCCGGUCCUCGGUGCACGUGAACGCGAUGAAGAAGAUCGACUGGGACGCCCCGGCCGGGUCCAACACGGUCAAUCCCUACAUGGAGACGCUGGCGAAGGAAACGGGCACACUGCACCGGGUGCUCAGCAAACAUCUGCCUGAGAUGACCGUCAUGAUGAUCAUGAACCCGGUGUUCCAGAGCUAUCGCGAGCAGUGGACGAAAGCAUUCGAAGAAGCGCCCGUCAAGACGGAAGCCGGUAAACAGAGGAUGCAACGCGACGCGGAACAUCUCCAGACGAAGCUCAGCAAAAUCGAUGGGUUCGGGGACCUGGGCCAAUGGCUGCUUGAGUUGAUUCAGAGGAAGACUCCGUCGCAGCAGGAGAAGGCAGCCGCGUCGGCGGAGGCUCCGACAUCACAAACGUCGUCGGGCGAGGACGACUCCGUACGGAGUCCAACUUGA